CAUCAUUAUGUGCUUCUAUCGUUCUCACGGUUACAAUAUCAAGGACUCUUCAAUUCACUGAUGGAGCGGCAUGCAUUUAUUAUCCAAGUCAUGCACCACAUGAGCCGUCCCGGUUUCUUAAACAAGUUCUUAUCACCUUGCCAUCGUGCCUAGCGCUAGACUCCAUCUUGUUCUAAACUAUCACCUGAAUAUUCAACGCGGAUCUCGACACUUGUUCUCUUUGUGAACCGGACGAAAUACUUUUACCAUGGCACAGCGGAGAGCAUCCAUCUCAAGGACCACACGCGUACAGAGUUCAACGGUUGCUGUAACCGCUGAUGUCCCUGCGGCAGAGGCAGAGAAGUGGGUCGCGCAGUGGGCACAUGUAUUGGCUAGGGACUUGAUCGAUGUGCGCAUAGUUGAAGUAGACGCAGACAUGUCCGUCGAGGGCGCAUGCGAUCUCCUUCUGCAAGAAGACAUUCCAUGUCUCGCUGUCCGCACGCUUCCGGAUUCGACAGGUGCUCCUUAUCUUGGACUCUUUGACUUCUCAGAUGUGAACGCCUUCCUCACGCUUGCCGCGACGCGGCACACCAUCCCACCCGCAGAACUUCGCGCUAAUUCGCGCGCCGAUCAGAUCAUGAGUGCUGCACGGGAAGGACGUGUACCCGUGCAUCUUGUUAGCAACCUCUCGGAGAAGAAUUACCUAGAGACCCUUCCGAAUGACGCCAACCUUAUUUCACUGCUUGGAGUUUUUGCGAAGGGAACACAUAGGGUGCUUGUCGAAGCCGCCCCAGUCACCGCUCCCGCAGAGUGUGGUACUACUCUGGAGACGGCAACAACAAGGACUACUUACCUUGGUGCAGUCUCUGACCGCGCUCUGCUGGCUUACUUCGGCAAUUUUGCAAUGCAAUCGGAUACCGCUGCGCAUACCCAUUCUCCGACGCGACAUCCACGUUCUCCUCGGCUACAGGCUUCAGUGCAACCACAGAUUUCCCAGCCUUCUCAGUCUCCUAAGCUUGUAUCAGCCUUAACAGCUUCCCGCCCCGCCGUUCCACCGCAGCUCCCUACCUCCACUUUCACAUUUUCAACGCUGCUCUCGUGCCCCCUCCACUUACUUGCACUCCCAUCGCUUCAAAUGUAUGCGUCUGUCAUAGCUGCUACAAGCUCAUCUUCAGUGCUUGAUGCGAUGCGCCUGAUGAGCGACUGCGGUGUGAGUAGCGUAGCUGUUGUCGACGAUGGCGGAGGAGGAUACGGAGCUGGAUACGGGUCCUGGGGUGGGCUGACUGGAGCGGUGAGCGUCACGGAUGUCGGAAAGCUUGUCGUCCCCUCGGAGUCCAAUCACAUUCUCUCCGCCCCUUUGCACCAGUUUGUCGCGCAGAUCAAGGAGCCAGAUGGAAGCACAGAUGGAGCAGACCGAUAUCCUGUGUAUGUUGUCCUCCCCACCAGUACACUCUCAUAUGCAAUUCAGAAACUGCUCGCGACCAAUGCGCACCGGCUCUUCGUAACUGACUCUGAUUUCGAGCCCAGCUCAUCUCCAGGCUCGCCCAUGGGCGGCGGACUGUGCGGAAUUGUCAGCGUUGUCGAUAUUCUCUCUCUUUUCGCACGCAUCGCCAACAUCCCAAAUGUCGACCCCACACAACGCAUGCGGCACCGACGUGCCUCAUCCUCAUCUUCACAUUCCUCGUCUCUUGGCGUUGUGCGGGACUUGUCACGCUCCGGGUCGCUCUCGCACACACGGGAUCUCUCCCAGUCCAGCAGAGAUUUUGCGCGCUCAAGGUCAAGUAGCAGGACGAGCAUGCGUCUCAGCCCAAGCCCACGAAUCAUCCCAACUGCAGAUGUCAGCAGUCCGCGCCUCGUGCCAAGUUUGGGGCUGGGAGACGUCAGGGAUAGUCCACGGAUGGUGCCGACGCUUGGUGCUGGUGACAGAAACUCACUGGUGGGUUUAGAUCUGGGGGAGCUCAUGGGACGGUGAGAGUGACAAAUGGAGCGUAAUGUACAAUUAUGAUGUGUUUUCUUUUCUUUUUCAUUUCGUGCUCUGUUCGACAUUCGUCGUGUAGCAAUAACUAGGGGUCCGCCGCGUAUGUGUGCAUGCCUUUGUACACAAGACUGAAAGGGACAUGUGGGUUUGUAAAUUGUACAAUAAUUCCAAGCACCGAUGCACUCCUGAA